AUGGCUGGCCUGGGAGAAGACUAUGGCAGCAUGAUGGUCCGGUUGGAACAGACAGCGCCGCUGGCCACAUCUGCAACAACAAGCAUGUUUGUCUUGCAGCAUGGAAAGGUUAUGGCUGCGCUGCAGAGUUUCUCAUCCAAGCUCCACCCUUGGUACCCAAUACUUGAGGACAAGUUCUCGGAGUGUAUUUCGUCGUUCAUGGCCAAUGCAUUUGAACGACGAACAGACACAUUCUUGGUUCUCAUGGUUCUUGCCAGCGGGACGAUUGCUCAGUAUGAGUCUCACAGCUUGGCUCUAGAAGACAGACCGGAUGCUAUGUAUCUCAAUGCGGCCAUGGAGAUGCUUCAUCUAGUGAUCCUCGAACAAACCAUGCGAAGUGUACAAUGCUUAGUGGCGGCAAGCAUUCACUACUACCUGCUCCUAAAGCCUAUACAAGCACACGAUCUUGCAAUGCUGGCCAUUAAAAAGGCACAAAAUCUUCACAUGAGUGGCGCCUUGCAGCAUGACCUUGUUCAUCAAGAACACUGGAUUCGAGUAUACCGCAUCGCAUUACUGAUAGAAGGAGAACUCGUCAUUCCGCUGCAGCUAGCGGACAGCAACGCAUGGGACACGGAAGAAGAGAUCCCUUUACCAACAGGAACAGACAUCUGGUCCUACGAGAACGACGCAGCCUUGCUCCCUGCAGAUUCACCAGGAACAACCGCUAGUGUCCAAUCCGACGAUGUUAUCACAUACCUACUCGCGGAAAUUGCAAUGCGACGCAUGCUGCGACGAAACACCACGGCCAUUUCCAUCUCAACCGACGGAUCAGCGGAAUAUGCGCCCCUGAUAGCCAAGGAACUCGAGUCUCAGCUCGAACAAUGGUUCUCGUUCUUACCGGAGCCGCUCCGCUUCUCCCGCGAGUUUGACGACAAGCAUCACGAUCAUUCCUUACAGACGCCCUUCCUGCGGACUCAAUAUUGGGCGUGUAUGGUGUCAUUCUAUUGGCCUGCUGUUGUUCAAGUCAUGGAAGCGAAGCAACUAACCGAGACUACGGCCAACGGCUGCCGUCUCUACUUCAAGUCGUUUCGGGAGUUUGUCCGAAGUGCAGUCCGCGCACUGGGGUAUUGUCUGCCGAACAAGUGGACCAUAUAUGCAAGGUGA